AGGCUGGCACAGCCAGGUGACACUCCCCGCCUGGCCACCAAGCAGCUGCCGGGUCAACGCCCUGGAGCAGGGCCACCUUCCCCCAGGGCCUUGGGAUGGACCUGUGUCACCCAGACGCAGCCGAGCUGAGCAGCGGGGAGGCCGAGGAGCUGCAGAGGAUCCGAUGGCACCGGGAACAGCUGCUGGAGGACAUCCAGAAGCUGAAGGAGGAGAUCGCGGAUGUGUUUGCCCAGAUCGACUGCUUCGAGAGCGCAGAGGAGAGCCGGAUGGCCCAGAAGGAGAAGGAGCUGUGCAUGGGAAGGAAGAAGUUCAACAUGGACCCCGCGAAGGGCAUCCAGUACCUCACGGAGCACAAGCUGCUGACCCCGGACGUCCAGGACAUCGCCCAGUUCCUGUAUAAGGGCGAGGGCCUCAGCAAGACGGCCAUCGGCACCUAUCUGGGGGAGAGGGACCCCACCAACCUGCAGGUCCUCCAGGCCUUCGUGGACUGCCACGAGUUUGCCAACCUCAACCUCGUCCAGGCCCUCAGGCAGUUCCUCUGGAGCUUCCGGCUGCCCGGGGAGGCCCAGAAGAUCGACAGGAUGAUGGAGGCCUUCGCCGCCCGCUACUGCCUCUGCAACCCCGGGGUCUUCCGGUCCACAGACACCUGCUACGUGCUGUCCUUCUCCGUCAUCAUGCUCAACACGGGCCUGCACAACCCCAGCGUCCGCGACAGGCCGCCUUUCGAGCGCUUCGUGUCCAUGAACCGCGGCAUCAACGACGGCAGCGACCUGCCCGAGGAGCAGCUCCGGCCCUUGAGCCCCCGGGUCCUCAUCCUGGGCUCUGAUCGGAGCAGACCCCCCCGCCGUCUGCUGGCAGUCACGGUCCCUGACCAGGCAGGGGCAGUGCUCGGAGCCACACGCCCAGGGCUCACGYUCCUGCUCUUCACCAGAGGGGGCCGCGUGAAGACCUGGAAGCGGCGCUGGUUCAUCCUGACGGAUAACUGCCUCUACUACUUCGAGUUCACCACUGACAAGGAGCCCCGGGGGAUCAUCCCCCUGGAGAACCUCUCGGUGGAGAAGGUGGAGGACCCCAAGAAGCCCUUCUGCCUGGAGCUGUACAACCCCAGCUGCCGCGGCCAGAAGAUCAAGGCCUGCAAGACGGACGGCGAGGGCAAGGUGGUGGAGGGCCGGCACGGCUCCUACCGCAUCUCGGCCUCCAGCGCCGAGGAGCGGGACCAGUGGAUCGAGGCCAUCCGGGCCAGCAUCACCCGGGUCCCCUUCUACGACCUGGUCUCCGCUCGGAAGAAGAAGAUCGCCAGCAGGAAGUGAGGCUCCCUCCCGGGAGGUGGCACGGGGCCAGCAUCCUGGUCCCCUGGACCCGAGGAACCCCUCCCCAGGGCGCCCUCUCCAGGCCACAGACACUGCUGCCCACCAGGGGUGGCAGGACGGAGGGCACAGACCUGGCUGUGAGACCGACCGCAGCUCUGGGGCAGGCACACAGGGAGGGCCAGGAGAAGGCGGAGAGCAGCCAGCUGGACCCAGACACCGAGCCUCCCUGGGCAGCCUGUCCUCAGGCCUUUGCUCUCAGAAGUUCCGCAGCCCUCCAAGCCCUCGCCAGCCCUCCUCCUGCUCAGGYCUGCAGGUCGGGCCCCGCUCUCGCUCCUGAGACCCACCAACAGGACCCCAGGAGAGGUGCCCGGAGCGCUGGACCAGGAGCCCAGACCCACGGUCCAGACCUACCUCCGGCCCUCCCCGAGCCCUCGGCCAAGCCGGGCCCCUCCCUGGUUCCUGCAGAACCACAGUCUGGACUGGAAACGUCUGGGCCUGCGGGCUCCAUGCCCACGAGCAGCUAGGGCUGGUGGCUCUGGUCCACUGAGCUGGGUGACAGUCCUGGCUGCUGGGGGAGCAGGGCGGGCUCCACCCCAGGAUGUCCACCUGGGAGGCAGGACAGGCAGGACUCCAGCAGGACGGUGCUGCCAUCAGGGUGGAGCUUCGCAGGCCUGGUCCCAGGAGGACUUCCUGGAGGCAGCUGCCAAACYCAGGAGCGGCACACGGGGUCCAUGCAUGGAGAGGCAGCGUCUCCCUGGGUUUCCCCGCUGGACCCUGGCCAGCGCCGCCGCGGUCGUGAGGGGUAGCACAGUGGGUCCCAGCGCCCCAGGCCCUGCCCAGUGCAGCACAUGGCAGAGCAGGGCCACCAACCCCGGGCAGACAGCUGGGUCUCUAGGGAGGCUCCGCCUGGAGGAGGAUCCGGGGACGGUCUUUCCAGAAGCUCUGCUCACCCUCGGGGCAGGGGAGCCCUGCAGGGAGCCUCCCUGGCAGGGCAGCAGGAAGCGGGCAGCAGGGGCGGGCGGAGCAGCGGGUUCCCCAGGAGGAGCCGCAGUGGCCACAUGGCCCUCCCGCCCCCCGCCCCACCCUGGUGCACGCUGUCCAGGGGUCAGGUGGAGAGGCCACAGGAGGUGGUGGGAGCUCUGUCUGAAGGUGGCAGGUACCUGGCAGCCGUGUUGCACCCCUGCGGGCAUCGGCAGGACAUACGGGGACUUCUUCAGAUCGCAGCCUGUGGGCCGAGCCCGCCUCGGCCGCCCCGUGAGGCCAGUGAAAGGGCCUCAGGGGUCCGUGGAAGGAACACUGGCCGGGGGCCGGGUCAAGGUCCUCUCCUGCCUCUGGCUCACGUGGACUCUGUGACCUUUGUCUGGUUCCCAGCUCCCCUCGUCAGUAAAGGACAGGCCCGAGGGAGUGGCUGUUCUGAUGGU